ACGCAUGCUUGGUCAGUGAAUCACAUGUCUGCUGCACCGUCACUGUUAUCCUCCUCUGGUAUAAAUGUGAGCAGCAGAGACAGUGAAGCAGCUUCAGACAGUCUGGAGUCUCAGGAACAACCAGAGGUUUUUCUCAUCAUUGCCUGCUGGCCCACCGAGAGUCAGAGAGGAUGUUAAUGAUGAUGAUGAUGAUGAAGAAGAAGAAGAACGGGUUGAAGUCUUUGGCCGUGGUGGCGCUGUUUCUGGCCACGGCCAACUGCAUCGUGCCUCCAUCCAAGGAUGAUCUGAAUGAGAUUUCUCGUCAGGGGGAGAAGUAUCUGGACAAACAGAUUGAAACUGCCAUCAAUGGAGUUCAGGAGAUGAAGAACGUGAUGCAGAAAUCUACUGAGGAGCACCAGAAGUACCUGGACGCCCUGGAGAAGACCAAGCAGCUGAAAGAAGAUGCUCUGCGUAAGGCCCAGGAGAUGGAGGCCAAGCUGGAGGAGGAGGAGGAGGUUUGUAACGAGACCAUGAAGACGCUGUGGGAGGAGUGUAAGCCCUGUCUGAAGAACACCUGCGUUAAGUACUACUCCAGGACCUGCAGCACAGGAUCAGGACUGGUGGGCCGUCAGUUGGAGGACAUCCUGAACAGAACGUCUCCCAUCUCCAUUUGGAUCAACGGGGAGAAGAUCGACGUCCUGGAGCAGGAGGACCGCAGACAGAAAAACCAGUUGAAAAACCUGGAGGACAAAUACACAGUGAUGGCCGACGGCGUGGACAGCAUUUUCACAGACAGCAUGAAGGUGGCCGACCACGUCCACUACAACCCUCCAUCUUUCUUUCUUCCAACUUUUUUCGGACCAUAUUCUCGUCACCGCAGAGGCAUCCGCUCAAUUUUCCAAAAUCCCUUUCAUGGCUUCCAUAAUAUGUUCUCCCCCAUGAUGGGAAUGGGCAGGAACCUGUUUGGAUCCAUGGACUCCAUGAUGGACGUGGACAUCACUUCAGAUGAAGACACCAACAUGAACGAGGACGUGGUGAUCACCAAACCCUUUGGAAACGGCAGGAUGACCUGCAGGGAGAUUCGCCGAAACUCGGCCGGCUGCAUCAAGUUCCGUGACGAGUGUCAGAAGUGCAAAGACAUCCAACACAUCGACUGCUCUGGGAAGAAGCCUCUGGAAGGCCCCCUGAAGGAGGAGCUGGAGAACGCCCUGGCGCUGGCCGAGCGUUUCACUCAGAGGUACAACUCCCUCCUGAGGCGGUUUGAGGAGCAGAUGUUCAACACCUCCUCCGUCCUGGACCUGUUCAACAGGCAGUUUGGCUGGGUGUCCUCCCUGGCCAACAGCACGGACAGCAGCGACGGCCUCUUCCACGUACUGACGGUGACCUGCAACGACAACGAGAAGACGUCCGACGAGGAGAAGCAGGAGAGUCCUGCAGAAACAGACGUGUCAGUGAAGCUCUUCGACUCUCCCACUCUGAACAUCAGCGUUCCAGGAGAUAUUCCCUGGACCGACCCCAAGUUCUCUGAGGUGGUGGCCCAGGAAGCCCUGGAUCGUUACAAGGAAAACGCUGUCAUCGUCAAAUAACUUCACUGAUGGGUUUCACCAAGAAUCCUCCUCCAAAUAAACUUCACCUGAAUCCGAGGAUCCUGAUGUAAAUCCCGCUUCUGCCAACGACAGCGUGUAACCUCAGUCACUCCUGUCCGAGCUCUUCGUCCUGCUGUAAAUGAAAAAUAUUUAGUGGAAAACUGGAAACUUCCUCAUUAUCAAAGCCUUACCGUGCGUCACAUGACCUUUGCUUAAACAGGCCUUUAUUAAGAUACGUUUAUGUUUAAAGUCCAAACCGGUGUGAAUUCCUGAUGAUUGUAGAUUUAAUUUUUACUGUUGUUGAAUUUGAUGCUUUAAGUUUUUUUCGAGCUUUUGAGUCAGUCAUUGAUUAAACUUUGUGAUAGACUACGUCAGGAGAGUAGCUUUGAAUCCGUCUGUGCAGCUGCAUAAAUAUAGAGCAAUACAAUGAGAUGUCAAUAAAACCGGUUUGUUCUACAUUCCAA